AGGAGUGUUAGUCAACAAAUUGGUCAAAAUAAAAUGAAUGUCUUAUUUGCAACGUGAGGUUUAUUUGAUCGAAUAUAAGUUCCACUAAUCCAAAGAAAGGAUAGUUGGAAGCUAAACAGCCCGCACUGCCGCUUUGUGGACAACAACUCCCAUUUUUAGGGCGGAAAGACAUGUAUUUUGUCAAUAUAUGCAUAUAUUGCCCCAAUGCAUUGUAAACAGGAAGCACAACCUCCUCAUGACCUUCUUCGAUCUGAAAACGUAGCGGCAGCUCUCCCUAGCGGUUAGCAAGCAGUUAGCAGCGAAGGGAGUGGAGAGAUUGAGAAGUGAAAAGACAGGAAGGCCGUGGUACAUCGGCGUCUCCUAUACUAGAUAUGCAGUGGCUACGGCUGGUGGUAUGACAGCUUCUAGCUAUCGUCUUUGUAUGGACAUGUAAAUCGCUGCUUUUGAAAGUAGAUGUGUGCUGUGCCUUCAAGAUGAGUGUGAAGGCAUUUGAGCUGGUCCCUGCCGUGGAGCGGGAGCUCCUGAUGGGAGACAAGGCCCGCAUCAACAUUGAGUGCAUUGAGUGCUGCGGCAAGCACCUGUACGUGGGCACCAACGACUGCUUCAUACAUCACUUCCUGCUAGAGGAGCAUGCCACGACCAAGGGGAUGCUAUCCUACACCGUCCAGAAGCUGCUGUUCAAGUACCUGGGCCUGAAAAAGCCCGUGGAGGCCCUGAAGGCCGCGUCAGCGUUAGAGCGCAUCAUUGUGCUCUGUGACGCUACAGUUAGUGUUAUUGACAUGAUCACCUUAGAACCCGUGCCUUCGGGCGGGGCCAAGAUUAAGGGCGUGGCCGCGUUCUGCGUCAACGAGAACCCGGUGAACGGGGACCCGUUCUGCGUGGAGAUCGGGGUGCUCUCGGCCCGGCGGCGCACCGUACAGAUAUACAUGGUUUACGAGGACAGGGUGCAGCUGGUGAAAGAGGUCAACACGCCGGAGCAGCCGUGUGCGGUCAGUCUGGACGGUUACUUCCUGUGCCUGGCCCUCUCCACGCAGUACAUGAUCCUUAACUACAGCACAGGGGCCGCGCAGGACCUGUUUCCCUAUGACAGCGAGGAGAGGAAGCCCAUAGUCAAGAGGAUCGGCAGGGAGGAGUUCCUCUUGGCUGCCCCUGGUGGCCUGGGUAUGUUUGCCAAUGCAGAGGGUAUAUCCCAGCGUGCUCCAGUGAACUGGUCAGAGAGUGUGAUGGGAGCGGCUGUGUGUUUUCCCUAUGUGGUGGCGCUAGACGAGGGCUUCGUCACCAUCCACAGUAUGCUGGACCAGCAGCUCAAACAGACCCUCUCCUUCAGAGACGGACACAUCCUACAGGACUUUGAAGGUAAGGUGGUUCUGGCCUCCACUAAGGCUGUGUACGUGCUGGUGCCCCUACCCCUGGAGAGACAGAUUCAGGAGCUGCUAGCUGGACACAGAGUGGAGGAGGCCCUGGCUCUGACUGAGGGAGCCAGGAGGAACAUUCCCAAAGACAAGUUCCAGAUAUUGCACAGAAGAAUCCUCCAGCAAGCAGGAUUCAUACAGUUUGGACAGCUUCAGUUUCUCGAAGCGAAAGAACACUUCAGGACAGGUCAGUUGGACGUCCGGGAGUUGAUCUCCCUCUACCCUCUCCUCCUCCCGGCCUCCUCCUCCUUCGCCCGCUGCCACCCGGCGCUCCACGGGUUCGCCGACCUCAACCACCUGGCGCAGGGGGACCAGGACAAGGUCCAGAGGUGCAAGAGGUUCCUCAUCACGUACCUGGGUGAGGUGCGAAGCACGGAGGGGGCUAACGGCUGCCGGGAGGAUGUGGACACGGCUCUGUUGAAGCUGUACGCUGAGCAGGACCACGAGAGUCUUCUGGACCUGCUGGCCUCCCCCAAUGCCUGUUUACUGGCAGACAGCGCCCCCUGGCUAGAGAAACACCACAAGUACUUUGCACUAGGCCUCCUCUACCAUUACAACGGACAGGAUUCAGCUGCUCUACAGUUGUGGGUGCGGAUAGUGAAUGGGGACCUUCAGGACUCUACCAGGUCUGACCUGUAUGAGUACAUUGUGGACUUCCUGGGUUUCUGUUCCAACCCGGACCUGGUGUGGAAAUAUGCGGACUGGGCCCUGCAGAGAGACCAGACGAUAGGGGUGCAGAUCUUCACCAGGAGGCCGGUGGGUCAGGACCAGGUUAAGGAGCAGAAGGACCAGGUGAACCCAGACGACGUCAUCACGUACCUGGGGAAACACAGCCAGGCUCUGCUGCUCUACCUGGAACACCUGGUGCUGGGCCGACGGAUACAGAAAGAGAAGCUCCACACCCACCUGGCAGUGCAGUACACAGACAGAGUCCUGUCUCUCCUGUCUCAGUCCCCCCCAGUGGACCAACAGGUGUCAGUAGCCCGGGACAAACUCCAGCUCCUCCUCAGGGAGUCCAGCCUGUACCGCGUCCAACUACUACUGGGUAAGAUCCAGGAAUGUGACCAGUUGUUUCUGGAGAGAGCCACGCUCCACGGGAAACUAGAGGAGCACGAUAAGGCGUUACACAUCCUGGUGCACCAGCUCAAAGACUUCCCCGCUGCUGAGGCCUACUGCGUGUGGGGUUCCGCCUCCCGGGACCCGGCCUACCAGCAGAGCCUCUUCCACCUCCUCCUGGGGGUCUAUCUGGACCGGGACCUUCCCAGUAGUACGGUCACCGGGGAGCUGGAGAUGGCAGCGGUGGACCUGUUAAACCGGCACGGGGAGGUGUUCGACGCUGUGCGCGUGCUGGACCUGCUUCCUGAAGGCUGGUCCCUGCAGCUGCUUCGCCCGUUCCUCGGACGCGCCCUGCGGGGGAGUAUGCACGCCUGCCGCACCUCCCAGGUUGCACUGGGGCUGGCGAGGUCAGAGAACCUACAGCUGCAGCACGACAGGUUGAAGCAGAGGAGGAGCCCCGUCCUGGUAUCACAGAAGAAGGGGUGUGUUCUGUGCCACAACACCUUCAGCGAGCCGGACUGUGUGUGUCUUCCAGGAGGCGUGCCCGUACACACACACUGUGCCGCCCAGAGGGUGGUACGAGACUCGCCCACCAGGAGACAACUAGCCAAUAGCAACAACCACACAUGAAGCCCCUUGACCACCAUCACCACCCAAGCCUCGCCCAGAGCCAGUGUGACGGGAGGAGCCUAGCAGCAGCCCGGGCUGUGAUUGGUUGCAUCUGGGUGGGGGGGGGGGUCACAUCAGAUGAUGACUAUGGGGAAUAAAAGCACAGAGGUUACCAUGGCUACCGUGGUCCAGCGUAGUGGGAGCAGCCCUGGAGCAUACUCAGAAACACAGAGCUGACCACACUUCUCUACUGUGUGCGUGUGUGUGCGUGUGUGUGUGUGUGUGUGCGCUCGUUCAUUUGUGAAUAAAGGAAGGAAGGUAUUUAUUCCAGUGCCACCAUGCAUAAACAACAGGGAGACUGAUGACCGACUGAGUUGUGAAUGAAGUUCUACAACAAGAACUAAACUCCACAUCCAUCCAUAAUGACUUUAACAUUGAAGUGAAACCUACAGUCUGUCCUGGUCCUCUGUUAUGUCUGUCCUGGUCUAGUGCUGAACCCCUCCUCUGUCCUGGUCUAGUGCUGAACCCCUCCUCUGUUAUGUCUGUCCUGGUCUAGUGCUGAACCCCUCCUCUGCUAUGUCUGUCCUGGUCUAGAGCUGAACCCCUCCUCUGUCCUGGUCUAGUGCUGAACCCCUCCUCUGCUAUGUCUGUCCUGGUCUAGUGCUGAACCCCUCCUCUGCUAUGUCCUGGUCUAGAGCUGAACCCCUCCUCUGUUAUGUCUGUCCUGGUCUAGUGCUGAACCCCUCCUCUGUCCUGGUCUAGAGCUGAACCCCUCCUCUGUUAUGUCUGUCCUGGUCUAGUGUUGAACCCCUCCUCUGUCCUGGUCUAGUGCUGAACCCCUCCUCUGUUAUGUCCUGGUCCAGUGCUGAACCCCUCCUCUGUUAUGUCUGUCCUGGUCUAGUGCUGAACCCCUCCUCUGUUAUGUCCUGGUCCAGUGCUGAACCCCUCCUCUGUCCUGGUCUAGUGCUGAACCCCUCCUCUGUUAUGUCCUGGUCCAGUGCUGAACCCCUCCUCUGUUAUGUCUGUCCUGGUCUAGUGCUGAACCCCUCCUCUGUUAUGUCCUGGUCUAGUGCUGAACCCCCCCUCUGUUAUGUCCUGGUCCAGUGCUGAACCCCUCCUCUAUUAUGUCUGUCCUGGUCUAGUGCUGAACCCCUCCUCUGUUAUGUCCUGGUCCAGUGCUGAACCCCUCCUCUAUUAUGUCUGUCCUGGUCUAGUGUUGAACCCCUCCUCUGUUCUGUCCUGGUCUAGUGCUGAACCCCUCCUCUGUUAUGUCCUGGUCCAGUGUUGAACCCCUCCUCUGUUAUGUCUGUCCUGGUCUAGUGCUGAACCCCCCCUCUGUUAUGUCCUGGUCUAGUGCUGAACCCCUCCUCUGUCCUGGUCUAGAGCUGAACCCCUCCUCUGUUAUGUCCUGGUCUAGAGCUGAACCCCUCCUCUGUUAUGUCUGUCCUGGUCCAGUGCUGAACCCCUCCUCUAUUAUGUCUGUCCUGGUCUAGUGUUGAACCCCUCCUCUGUUCUGUCCUGGUCUAGUGCUGAACCCCUCCUCUGUUAUGUCCUGGUCCAGUGCUGAACCCCUCCUCUGUUAUGUCUGUCCUGGUCUAGUGCUGAACCCCCCCUCUGUUAUGUCCUGGUCUAGUGCUGAACCCCUCCUCUGUCCUGGUCUAGAGCUGAACCCCUCCUCUGUUAUGUCCUGGUCUAGAGCUGAACCCCUCCUCUGUUAUGUCUGUCCUGGUCCAGUGCUGAACCCCUCCUCUGUUAUGUCCUGGUCUAGUGCUGAACCCCUCCUCUGUUAUGUCUGUCCUAGUCUAGAGCUGAACCCCUCUGCUCUGUCCUGGUCUAGUGCUGAACCCCUCCUCUGUUAUGUCUGUCCUGGUCUAGUGCUGAACCCCUCCUCUGUUAUGUCUGUCCUGGUCUAGUGCUGAACCCCUCCU